UAGCGGCCUGGCAUGUUAAAAUAAAUGGUAAGGUAGGGACAGUUUCUAGAAAAGUUCUGGGAGAUCGGGAAUAAUCUGACUUUGCUGAAUAUAGAGAGAGAACUGUAUUCCAUUUUGUAAUUGUCUGAAAAGUGCUCUUUCUUGUGCAGUUUGAUUGUUGAUCCGCUGUUAUUUAAAGACUUCACUUAACAAAUCUACUAGUCAACAUUCAUCAUGGCAAAAUGGGGAGAAGGAGAUCCAAGGUGGAUUGUAGAAGAACGGCCAGAUGCCACAAAUGUUAAUAAUUGGCAUUGGACAGAAAAGAAUGCCAGUCCUUGGUCUCAGACUAGGAUUAAAGAACUUUUUAAUAAUAUUUCUGUAAAAACCAACGAACCAGCCGAACUCACCAUAACUAGCGUAGAAAAAUGCGAAGGCGAGGCCUGUGCUAACAACCGCAAGGGCAAACUUAUUUUCUUCUAUGAGUGGGACUUGACGUUAAACUGGGAAGGAAAACUUAAAAAUGGAACAGACCGAACCCAUAAAGGGACCGUUAAAGUACCCAAUUUGUCAGAAGAAAAUGACAUGUCAGAUUUAGAUAUACAAAUAGGCCUCUCAGAUCCAGACGAAGAAGGUGCAAAGUUAAGAGACAUAAUGCUAAAAGAUGGCAAAAGUCUCGUCAGAAGCCAGCUGGGCAAAUACGUAUCUGGCCUAAAAGAAGAGUUCUCGCACGGCAUGAUUUUACCUCGUAAAGGCGAAGAAAAACCGGACCAAGUAAAAACACUAACUAGCGGCUUUAACAAAAAAAUCAAUAUGGCACCAGUGGUCUCGAAUGAUAAAAAAGUCGGUUUAAAAAUCGAUACAACAACAAUAAAACAAACCCAUAAGUUUCAAUGUACCGCAGAAGAGUUUUACAACGCUUUAACUAGAGUGGAAAUGGUGACGGCGUUCACUAGGGGUCACGUGAAAUUAGAUCCUGCCAAGGGCGGGAAAUUUGAGCUAUUCGGCGGUAAUAUUACCGGUGUAUUCCAGGAGUUGGUACCUAAUAAGAAAAUCGUUAAGACGUGGAGGUAUAAACAGUGGCCGGAUGGACAUUAUUCGCUGGUUACAAUUGACAUAGAUCAAAAGGAUGACCACACUGAAGUAACUCUAACCCAAUCGGGUGUUCCGAGUUCAGAAGCGGAUGUGACGAGAACCAACUGGUCCAGGUACUACUGGGACGCAAUGAAACAAGCAUUUGGUUUCGGAGCAUUACUUAGUGGAGAUCUUUAGUUUCCUUUUAGCAUGAUGUUUUUCUUAUGGCUUAUAUUGGAACAUUAUUAUUGCACGUCAUUCUGAAUCAAUCUUUAAUUCAUUCAAUUUUAAGGCAUAUUAUGGUUUACAUGAGUUGAACUUUUAUUCAAAAGUUUCCUGGUGAAAUAUAUUAUAAAAACAGUUAAUGAACUCAUUUACAUAUUUACGAUGUAUUUUUUUAAAUCAAAUUAUAUAAUUUAUUAAAUGAUCCAAUGUAAGAAUAGCUAGUGUAAUUGAUUUAUUACUAAAUAACUGCUUUGUAAAAAAAUAUUUAUUAAAUCAAAGAAAAAACAUUAAUUCUUUUUACGUUUUUUUUGCGGCUAAGCUCGAUAUGAUUUUUUAAGGAUUUUAUUAUAAGGAAAAAUAAAUGUGAUAAAAAAAUACGAAUAA